AUGGCACCUUCCAGGUCUAUUUUCCUUGAGAUGAGCAAAAGACAGAAUGAAACUAGUACCGAAAGUGGUAGUGGAUCAAGUACAGCCGGUGUUCCAACUUGUGUUGUGACUUGUAUGGGUACAGCGCCUACUACAGAAUGCUCGGGACCAUCCGACUGGACUUGUCUUUGUGCUUCGAGCGAUUACAUCACUGCCGUAGGACAAUGCUGGGCAACAUCUUGUUCUGCAGAAGACGCAGUAUACGGUCAAGCCUAUGCUUCUCAAGCUUGUGCAUUCUAUGGAGUACCUUUGAAUGGCACCGGUACGAGCACCGGUACAACGAGUCCAACUGCCACGGAAGCCAUAGGUACACCAGAUCUGUCACCACCUCAAGUCCUUUCAUCAUCCUACAUUAAGGUCCAAGCUAUCAUGAGCUCGAUAAGUUCAUUGUUGCUUGCCAUCGCCUUGAUCUUGGGUCUGAUGUCUUGUCGAGCAAGGUAUAAGAGGGAUCAAGCCUCUUCUCAAAACAGAACGUGGAACGGAGUGACCGGACUCACUUCCAUGGAUUCAACAGCACCGACUAGCAAAUCAAGAUUUUUCCGAUCAACACAUUCAUCAGGCUUUGAGAAUUCCAGAAAUGCAACAUCUACUUUUCAAUCUGAUAAUUUCGGGGUCACUUCAUCGAAUUAUGGAGGAACGACUUUAGCCAAUUCACCUCAAGGGCAAUCAUUCAGUGGCGAUGGCAAUGGCAAUGGAUUGACAUAUCCUGCUACUACUGCUUCCAGAGGAUUUACCAAUCGUUUAACUUUGGCCGAGAUGAAUAAAUCCGAAGAAUGGGAAUUGAAUGAUGUUAAAGGAACUGAUAAUAGUCAGACCGAUUUAGAUGGAAUGGGUAUCGGUAUAAGUCCAACUAGUUUUGAAAGUAAGAUGGAAUCUGAAUUAGAAACUAGAUUGAACGAAGGUAGUACAGUAGCUUUAAACGUUCUUCCUAAAGAAGGUGAUGGUAGAACUCAUGCUAUAUAA